UUUUUUUUAAUGACAGAUGAAUCAUGACCGUGUGAUCAUAGCUUGCUAGAUUGUGACUGUGGAGGAUCGUUUCUUAACCAUGGAUGGUCCUGCGGUUGUCUGACAGGCCACCACUCCCACGAAGCCUAUUAUUAGAGCUACAACGACAACUCCCAAAAUCCCAAGUUCUCCUUCCUGUAUUUUUUCCCCUGUAGUUUCAGUUCACAGCAAGAUAGCUUCUGUAGCGAUUGGCUUCCUGUUACACCAUGAGCACUCCCAAGCAAACGUAGUUGUUCAUGGCGGUCAUUUUCACUUCUCUUCGAUACUUAUCGGUGUAUUCCUUUGAAUACCAAAUUGGCGGAAACGAAAACUGGGUUGUCCCUCCUGCCAUUGAUACCAUAAUCUACGUUGACUGGGCCUUAGAGAACCGAUUCCAAGUUGGUGAUACAGCUCGUGAUCAGUUCAAACACAAAGAAAUACGAGAUCUGCCUUUACCUUCAACUUCCUGGGUGUUCAUCAUCUUUUUUUGCGAAGGUUUGAAGCACAGGAAGGAUUCCGUGAUGAAGGUCAGGGUAGAGGAUUACAAGAAGUGCAACUCCCGUCACCCCAGCUUCUUUUCCAACACUGUUCACCAUCUUAAUCAUCCAGCGUCUUCCUACUUCAUAAGUGGGGUUUCUGGACACUGCGAGAAGGGACAAAGGAUGAUCAUCAUUAAGGUUAUCUCAACUGAUCAAGAGACUAAUUCAAAUCUGCAGCUUUUCCUUCUGCAGGAGUGCUAUUCUUUCGGUGCCUGGAAAGUGCUCUUAUCUCAGCUUGUUUCAUUCUAACAAAAUACCACCGCUAAAGCACCGCAGCCGCUCAGGGUCUUCCUCGUACUUUCAUAUUACUCUCCCCGUGGACACUACUGGGGCUCGAAGCAAAAAGACGGACAGAGAUAAAAACACCUAGGACCAGAUUUGUCCCACAUCAGAAAAGAACGAAGAAACAAGAGAGUUAAUAAACUGUUCGAGGAGCUCAGAACAACACGACCUUACUUGAACAGGAUCUGUUCUAUAGGAUCGUACCUCUGUAUCCUUAAUCACUAAGGAGACAGGAACUUAAACCUGGUUGAGGAAUCAUGACCGUGUGAUCAUAGCGUGAAUAAUGGCUUGAUGGCCCUCGUGAUCAUCAUGGCUGUAGAGGAUCGUUUCUCAGCUAUUAACAUGGCUGGGAAUGGUCAUGCGGUUGUCUGACAGGUUUCUUUAUUUUUGAAAAA